AGGCAGUAUAAUUUAGGAUAACGAGUUAACGACCAACGGCGACGCGUGCGUUUAUGACAAUUUCUCCAAGCACAGCGCUGCCUCGCGGCUGAAACUCGCACUUUGCUUGCCACUUUGAAAUUUUCUUUCCCGCGGUUUCUAUGGGGGGUCUUCUGAUCGCAUAAAAAGCCAAUUUUAGAUUCUUCCUAAAACUUUUUAAUAAUUGUCCUUAGCGAUCCAGUAUGAACGAAUCUAAAACAGAGCCAGAGUGGAACAUGGAAUAUUCGACGAAUCAGCAUCGCUGCCUGCGACGAUGCACUCCGCAAAAAACCGUUUGCAUAAUCGAACGUUUUCAAAAUCGCUCGUUUUUUCUCGCCCACCGCGGCUUGCCCUCCCACUCCCAUUUCCUCUUUCAUUUCCUUCUGGACCUUUCGAGUAUCCGGACGUGUUUAUCUCCUUCGACUUUAUUUCUGUACAAGCAUUGUUCUCGUGUGAGGAAAAUAGGCGCAUACUUCAGCACGUCGUGGACAAGGCUUUCGACAGUACCUCGACGAUGAGCAACGACGGGAAGUGGAUGGUGUUGGAUCGGGAGAUGAACCGGGACAGGCAGGAGAUCCGCGACGCCUACAACAAGCCGGACGUAAAGAAAAUCGAGGACGACGAGGACGUCCAUCAUGAUGUUGAUGAUCUGGUACUUGUGGCUAAUCAGCAGUCGACGGGAUUGAUAGAAGUGCAGACUGUAGAACAUGAUCAAUACCUACAUGAAAUACAGUAUGCAGAUUUGGAUGGGCAUUUGUGUAAUGUUAAUGAAUUUCAACACCACCAGUUGAUGAAUAGUCCUCAGAUCCUGGAUGACAUGAGCCAUUUAGAUCAACAAGUGUACGUUGUUGGUGGAAAGCGACAGCUGGAUCCGAUUGAUGAUUACAACAAUCAUAAAUUAGAAGAGCUUCAAGCGCAUAUUACAGAAGAGCUUAACUUGAGAAGAGAAGAGCAUAAGAAGAAAAUGGAACUUUAUACUAUGCAUUUGCAACAGGGACAGGAAAUUCACAAAGAAAGAAUUAAAUUAUUGAAAGCAAAGUUGAGAAAACUUCAAGAUGAAGUGCAUCACAUAGAUUAUGUGAUAUGCAAUAGAAAUUUAAAGAGAAAGUUCAAAAGUGGACCGAUCUAAAAUAAUUUUAGUAAUAAUAGUUAGUACUUCAAUUAUACUAUAUAUGAUUAUAAAGAUUAUAGUAAGAAAAUGAUUUAAAUUCAUCCAUUAAUUUUUGCUACCAAGCAUAAUAGUUUGAUUAUAAAAACGAAACAAUUUGUUUUUAAUUUCGUUUGUAUUGAAUUUGUACAAACAAAGUAUUUUUUGUUCAUAGUAUUUUAAUAAAUAUAGUAAAAAAACAUUAUUUUUUUAUCAA